GCUUUGGUGUUAAGCAGUGUUCUUAGCAAUGAUUCGGAGGAAAUCGCAAGAGAAGAAGACAAAAAGCAGUCAAAAGAAGAAAAUUAUAGGAAAUUCAUCGGCGAGAGAGACUAUCGAUUACCAUUCAAAACAAAACUUGCAGUACCAUUGGAUGAAGGAAUGACAAUUCACGCACUCGGCACGGUGAAUUCCGAACCGAAAAGAAUCGAUUUCAAUUUUCAUAAAGGUCCAGAUGAAACAGCCAAUUUACCACUCCAUUUCUCAAUUCGAUUUGAUGAAGGUAUAUUCUCCGGUAAACUAGUUUAUAAUACAUUCAUUGAUGGAAAUUGGAGUGAUAAUGAACAACGAAUUUCAAAUCCGUUUCGUGCUAAUGAGAAAUUUGAUCUUCGUGUGCGAAUUCUCAAUGGCAAAUAUGAGGCAUUCGCGAAUCGUAAAAAAAUUGGCGAAUUCGGUCAACGCAUGACUUUAGAUGGAGUCGAUCACGUAUCGGUGAGCGGUGAUUUAUCGAAUUUACGACUGUUUCAUUAUGGUGGACGUUUAUUUCCCAUUCCGUAUACGGCAGUUGCAAAUCUCACACCAGGCAAACGCCUUGAUAUAUCAGCUCUUCCUACUGGAAAACGAAUAAAUAUUGACCUUUAUCAUUCGGAUCGGCAACAAGCGCUUGAAUUAUCAAUUCGCUUUAAUGAGGGUGCUGUGGUACGAAACGCAAUGGAGAAUCAUAAUUGGGGUAAAGAAGAACGAGACGGUGUGAUUUCAAAAAUCUCAUAUGUUCCUAUCAAAAAAAAAAAUUUUCAUUUUUUCAGCUUCGAUUUAACCAUUAUCAAUGAGAAAUUCAGUUAUCAAAUUUUUUUCAAUCAGAAACGUUUCGCAACAUUUGCACAUCGCGGAUCACCUGACGAUAUUGAAAUCUUAGAGAUAAGCGGUGAUUUGGAGCUCUAUACGGUGACAAUAAAUGAUGCAUUAGGAGUUUAA